UCCCGGUCAUGAGGCUGCGCGGUUGGGCCUCCGGUCAGCGAGGCCCUCCCGGACCCGCCUUUCGUCUUGUCCGCCCCGCCUCCGGACUGCCCUCCACACCGCCUGAUUGCAUUUCUGGCCUCGCCGUGUUAGCCCCAACUGAGGGCCGGGAGCAAAGCCUUGCGAAGACCGGAGGGCGCGGGUACCUCUGCUCCCGGCCAUGUCUGGCUGUCACGCUCCAGAGGGAGACUGUAGCUCGCGGCAAUGCCUCGCGCAGGACAAGGAACAUCCACGGUACCUGAUCCCAGAGCUUUGCAAACAGUUUUACCAUUUGGGCUGGGUCACUGGCACUGGAGGAGGAAUCAGCUUGAAGCAUGGCAAUGAAAUCUACAUUGCUCCUUCAGGAGUACAAAAGGAACGGAUUCAGCCUGAAGAUAUGUUUGUGUGUGACAUCGAUGAACAGGACAUAAGUGGACCUCCACCGCAUAAGAACCUGAAGAAAAGCCAGUGUACUCCUCUUUUCAUGAAUGCUUACACAAUGAGAGGAGCAGGUGCUGUGAUUCACACCCACUCUAAAGCUGCUGUCAUGGCCACCCUUCUCUUCCCAGGAAGGGAGUUUAAAAUUACACAUCAAGAGAUGAUCAAAGGAAUAAAGAAAUGUACCUCAGGAGGGUAUUACAGAUAUGAUGACAUGUUAGUAGUCCCCAUUAUUGAGAACACACCUGGAAAGGACCUCAAGGAGAGAAUGGCCAGGGCAAUGAAUGAAUACCCAGACUCCUGCGCCGUGCUCGUCAGACGGCACGGAGUCUACGUCUGGGGAGAGACGUGGGAGAAGGCCAAAACCAUGUGUGAGUGUUACGACUAUUUGUUCGAUGUUGCCGUAUCAAUGAAGAAAGUAGGACUGGACCCUACACAGCUUCCUGUUGGAGAAAAUGGAAUUGUCUAAGCCAAGUGGAAGUUUAUGAUAUACAGAGACAAAGCUUAAUUAUUACUUAAAUGACAUGACUUUUUUAAACAAACUGAAAAUUUCCAUGAAGCUAUUGAUUUGUCACUAAAUAUUGCACAGACACUGGAUUUUAUUUGCUUAUAUUCUUGUAAUUUUAAAUGACAAUACAAUGGAAUAAAAUUUUUAUAAUGAA